AUGGAGGUUCUUAAUUUCGAGCUUUCAUUUCUGAUGUCGUUUCUUUCAUUUUUCAGACUCGGAUCUUUUUCCACAGGGACGUGCACCUCCCGCCCUGUCAGCAGAGUCGUGGAAACCAAUGACAUGGUUGUGUUCGUGCAGACGCCGAUAAAUGGGUUUGCAAAGAUCGGGAUCGACAUGCGUGCGGGCUACUCGAACUUGAAGAGCUUUGAUGCCGGAACCUCUAUCAGCGUUGGGCUGCCAGUGGAGGUCAACAAAUCGUCAAAACGAAGCUGGGCAAUAUGCCGGAAUAAACGUAAAUCUGUAUAA